AUGUUGGUUCUAUUUGAGACAGCGGCAGGGCAUGCGCUCUUUAAGGUACAGGAUGAAGCCAAACUUGCUAGUGCGGAUGACGUCUACAAGUACUUUGCAACGCCAGAGAAAGCUACCAAAGUGCUGAAGCUUAAAGGUUUCAAUGCCUUUAAAAAUACUACUGAAGCCGUUGCUGCUGCUACGGAAAUGGUGGACGGCAAGAUGGGCAAGACGCUAAGAAAGUUUUUAAAGAAAAAUGUCGUGGAUGCUGGUCUUAAAGACAAAUUGGCCGUUUCAGACAAAGCCCUUGGUGCAAUUAUCAAGGAAAAACUCAGCAUUGCUUGCGUGAACGACACCGCAGUGAACGAGAUCAUGCGUGGGAUUCGUGCAAACAUGGACACACUUAUUACCGGAUUAGAAGAUGAUGACCUCAAGGCCAUGACGCUUGGUUUAUCACACUCGCUUUCGCGGUACAAACUUAAAUUUAGUGCCGACAAGGUCGACACUAUGAUUGUGCAAGCUAUUGGUCUAUUAGACGAAUUAGACAAAGAGAUCAAUACGUACUCGAUGCGUGUACGCGAGUGGUUCGGUUGGCAUUUUCCUGAAAUGGGCAAAAUUGUAACAGACAACUUGCAGUACGCAAAAUGCGUACGUAAGAUGGGUAUGCGUACGCAAGUCAAAUCCCUUGACUUCUCGGAUAUUUUGUCCGAAGACGUCGAGGCUUCAAUGCGUGAGGUCUGUGAGAUAUCCAUGGGCACAGAUAUCUCUGAAGAGGACGUCACCAAUAUUUCGGCUCUCUGUGACCAAGUCAUCUCUUUGACAGAAUACCGCGCCCAGCUUUUCGACUAUCUCAAAAACCGCAUGAACGCCAUCGCACCCAACCUUACCGUAAUGGUGGGUGAGCUAGUCGGAGCUCGUCUAAUUGCCCAUGCUGGUUCCUUGAUGAACUUAGCUAAGCAUCCUGCGUCUACUGUACAGAUUCUUGGUGCCGAAAAAGCUCUUUUCCGCGCACUGAAGACCAAGCAUGACACUCCCAAGUAUGGGCUUAUCUAUCAUGCUUCACUGAUUGGUCAGACCGCCCCUAAGCACAAGGGUAAGAUUUCGCGUGUCCUAGCUGCGAAAACUGCGCUGGCUGUACGUGUGGAUGCACUAGGCGAUGCUACAGAAGCUACGAUUGGCUUUGACAACCGUGCUAAAGUCGAGGCCCGUGUGCGGCAGCUAGAGAAUGGAUUUUCAGGUGUGCCAAACAGCAAUGGUAAGACUAAAAAUGAAGCAAAGAAGUAUGUCAAGACUGAAACGAGCAAGUCGUACAACGCUGAUGCUGACAUGACUUUGUCCGGUAAGAAACGGAAAGCCGAGGAAGAUGGUGAGAUGGAGAAUGAGGAAGAGGAGCCUAAACUGAAAAAGGAAAAGAAAGAAAAGAAGCACAAAAAGAUGAAGGCAAUCGAAGAGACCGCUGAGAUAGAAAUAGAUGCGUAG